AUGCAAUUCGGAGGGCGACGCGAGGUGUCGCUGCGUGGGGCGAGCGCGCGCGAGGUGUCGCGGAACGCGCUACUGAACAAGGUGGCGGAAGAGCGCGCGGCGCGCAGCAAGGCCCGCAAGUCCGCGGCCUCCGCCGCGCUCAUUCAGCGUGUGUGGCGUGGCAGGAAAGCAGCUUGCGUCGCUCGCCAGCUCGUCCAAUCCGAGUGGGACACGUGGCAUGCUUCCCGCAUGGCAGCAGUGGGGGGCCAGCCCCCAGCGCCUCUAACAGCCGAUGAAGUUUCCCAGAAGCUUCUGGCGCCGGUGCUGUUCUUGCUGUGGGAUGCGCGGAAAAGGGAGUGGAGAAUUGGAGGGAGGGGGGAGGGGGGGGAAGGGGGAAGCAGAGGGGAAGGGGGAGGGACCGGAGCAGGAUCAGGGGCAGGGGCAGGGGCAGGGGGAGGGGCAGGGGGAGGGGGAGCAGGAAAGGAACUGCAACGGUUACAGUCGGAGCUGGUGUGGCUGUUAAAAAGUCUGGAUUCCCCAGAUCCUGCUACCAACUUCUGCUCCUUGGCCGUCGGCACCCAAUCACAGUGCGCCACGUGGCAGCACCAGGCACAUAGAAUAGUUUCCCUCUGCAGUGCUCUCCUCAGCCUUUUCUCCUCCUCUUCCUCUUCCUCCUCCUCCUCCUCCUCCUCUUCUGCCCCUCCCUCCUCUCACACGCACACCACCACCACCCCAUCAGCACCCUCUCUCCUACUCACAGUUCUCGCCAUGCGUGUCCACAUGUCACUCUGUGACACUGCCACGUGGCGCUUCCUCAAAUCGCCAGCUGUCGCCGCCUCCUCCUCCCCUGAAAGCACCCUGGCAGCAGCAGAGGCUCAGGUGCUUUCUCUGUUGGCAGGUACUGCAUCAGGUGCCACAGGGAUCUACCCUGCACUGCGCAUGCACAUACUGACAAACUCCGCCGCCCCGCCCGUGGACGGGUGGAGGGAAAUGAAGGGCAAAGGAGGAGGGAUGGGAGGAGGUGGGGGAGGAGCUCAGGUUGCCCAGCAAAUAUUUUUGCUGACCGCUGCUGCAAUGACGGUGGCUCUCAGACCUAUCAUUGUUUUCUCGGGCAGGAAAGAUGGGCAAGAAGUUGCUGGGAAGCUGCCAUCUGCAUGGGCAUCAUUGGCAGCAGAUCAGUUUGCCGCCCACAUUCUCACCGUCCCGCUGCUGACGUGGCGCCUGCCAUCCCCCCUCCUCCCUGCCCUGCGCCAUCUGUCAGCUCUCCAGCCCUGCCUCCUCUCCUGCCUGGCCUCUCUUUCCCCUCCUCCCUUCCCUGCGCCAUCUCGCUCCAACCGUGCCCCCUCUCCUGCCUGGUAUGAGUCGUUCUUCCGGGCCAUCUACGAUAAUGCACCUGUCUCCGUGCCUCCUCACCUAUUUGGUGUAAUCAUUUUCUCCGGUUCCCCAACCCUUCUCCUUUGCUGCCUGCCCCUCCAUUGCCCCUCCGAUUCUCCUCCGCUCUGUGCCUUUCCCCUCCUAUCCCCUCUUGCAGCGCAAGGCUCCUUCCCCCCACCCCUCGCGACCCGACCCAUACCACCGACUCACCUCCCAUCUCCCCCCUCCCGGCUGGUCCUAGCUACCCUCUCUGCUGCUCUCUCAUUUGUGUCCCCGACCCCUCUCCCCCUCUCCCUCCCUCCCCUCUGCUAUUUACCUGCCCCUCUCUAUCCCCUCGUGCAGCGCCAGGCUCCUUCCCCCCACCCCUCGCCACCCGACCCAUACCACCGGCUCACCUCCCAUCUCCCCCCUCCCGCCUGGGCUCUAGCAAACGUCUCUGCUCUCGCCACCAGCCCCCCUUCCCUCUCCUCCUCCCCCUCUCCAUCCUCCUCCCCUUCCCCCUCUCCACCCUCUCCUCCUCCUCCUCCCUCUCCCUCACUCUCCUCUGAGCUGUUCCUACCCGGUCUGGACUUGCCACUCUAUGUCCACUCCCUCUGCGCCCUAGCUGCUGCUGUGAUUGACCACGAGGAGAAAGAGGCGUAUGCUGAGAGUGAGGGGAUGCAGAGUGGUGCGCAAGGGGUGCAGAGUGGUGCCCAGGGGCUGCCCCAGUUCUCGGGCAGCUGGUUUCCAAGGUCGUUUCUGGAAGGGUAUGGGGGAGGUGGAGAGGGUGCGGAGGGAAGGGCGGAGGAGGAGGACGAGUGGGGCCGACAAGGAGCAGCAGCAGCGGCAGGAGGAGGAGGAGGAGGAGGAGGAAGAGAGAGAAGGGGCGUUGACCGUGUUGACCGCAUGCAGACAGAUUCUGCCAGCCAGGGCGGGCCGCCCGGGAGUGCGGGUGAUGAUGACGCUGCGUUGGCUGCGUUUAUGGGUGGGCGGCAGCGGUGGUCUACCUUUCUCUCUUCCACCUUUCAGAGACGUACAGCAGAAGCACAGAGAAGGCGCAGAGGAAGAGGAGGGGGAGGAGGGGGAGAGGGAGAGGGAGGAGGGAGGACGUUUUGGGAGACGCAGACAGGUGACUAUAUGGAAGAGGAUAUUGACGAGGGGGGAGAUGAGGAGGAGGGGGAGGGAACGGGAACCGGGGGAUUCGAGGGAAGAGAGGGGGGAGAGGGAGGAGGGGAGCGGUGGGAUGUGGAGAGUAUGAGGAAGGGGGUGGCAGGGGUGGCUGCUGACGUGGCAGUGGUGAUGACGGUGUUCUGCAGGGCGUAUGCCCACCUGCUGCUUGUGCUGGACGAUGAGGAGUUCUACCAGAGACAGAUCCCCUUCUCUCUCUCGGAGCAAAGAGUCAUUGCAGCAACACUCAACACUCUCGUUUACAACACCCUCAUCUCCUCCCCCUCCUCCUCCUCCCCAUCCCCCUCCUCCGCCUCUUCCUCCGCCUCCUCUCCUCUCACCCCCUCGCAAUCCGCUCUCCUAGAAGCAGCCACGCGCUGCCUCCUCCCUCUCCACGACCGCGACUGCAGACGAGCCUUCUGCGAGCCUUCCCUCUGGCUGGCCCCUGCAGAUCGACGCCCACCACCCGUCAUCUCUGCAGCAGCUGAUCGCUGCCCACCGCCUGGUAGUUACACUUCCCUUUCCCUUUCUCCUCCUCGCUGCCUCCUCCCUCUGCACGACUGGGACUGCAGACCAGCCUUCUGUGAUUCUUCCCUCUGGCUCGCGCCAGCUGAUCGCCGCCCACCGCCUGUGAUCUCGGCAGCAGGUGCGUUGGGCGACCCGGUGGGUACUGUACUCUUUCCCUGGUGGUUCCACGUCCCUUUCCCUUUCUCCUCCUCGCUGCCUCCUCCCUCUGCGCGACCGCGACUGCAGAAGAGCCUUCUGCGAGCCUUCCCUCUGCUCAUUGCUUUCCCGUUUUCUUUUCCGUCCCCUUCUGCUCCCUCCCCGGCAGGCGCACCCAAGCAUCAUGGGUACCCGUCUGCCUUCCCUGUUCUUUCUUCCUCCUCCCUCCCAUCCCCUCCUACAGGUGCAGCUAGACACCACGGGGUGGGGGGCGAGGGGGGAGGGGGAAUGGGCGGAAUGAUGGGCGGAGGGGAGGAGGACUGGGAGAUGGGGGAGUGGAUGGGGGAACUAGGGAUGGGCGGGGGGGCAGGAGGCGGAGGAGGGGAACUUGGAGGGGACGGGGGAGUGAUGAUGGCGGGAGGAGCGAGAGGGAGAGGAGGCGUGGAGAAGGGGAAGGAGCAGCAGAGUGGGUCUGCAAUGGCUGCUGUGCUGCGCACACUGCCCCACGUGCUACCGUUUGAAAAGAGGGUGCACAUAUUCAGGGAGCUGAUUCAGGCGGACAAGGCGCGGCAUGGAUUAGGGGCUGCCCCCGGGAUGGGUAUGGUGCGGCCCGUGGUGGACGUGUCUGUUCGGCGGGAUUUGCUUGUGGAAGAUGCCUUCGUGCGGCUUAACCAACUUGGACCGAUGCUCAAGGGUCGUGUGCGCGUCUCCUUCGUGAAUGCUUUCGGAGCGGAGGAGAUAGGCAUGGACCAGGGCGGACUCUUUAAAGAGUUCCUCACUGACCUCGCUAAAGCAGCCUUCGACCCAGGCUACGGCCUGUUCCUCCAGGCGGCCACAGAAGAGGGUUACCUGUAUCCGCACCCGGCAGCGGCAGCGCUGGGCCACGGCAUUCCCAUGGUGGAGUUUCUCGGCCGCAUCGUGGGCAAGGCGCUGUACGAGGGCAUCCUGCUCGAGUACAGCUUCGCGCCACUGUUUGUCUCCAAGCUAGUGGGAAGAUACGCCUUCUUGGAUGAGCUCUCAUCACUGGAUGUGGAGCUGUACCGCAACCUCAUGUAUCUCAAGCACUACGAAGGAGAUGCAUCUGAACUGGCAUUGGACUUCACAGUGACAGAGGAAGUGCUGGGAGAGCACAGCAUCGUGGAGCUGCGGCCGGGCGGCAGUCACAUUGCAGUGACCAAUGAGAACAAGCUGCAGUACAUCCAUGCCGUGGCGGACUACAAGCUCAACCGUCAGAUGGCAGCAGUGGUGGCGGCGUUUCUGAGGGGCCUCUCAGAUCUGAUUCAGCCCGAGUGGCUGCGGCUGUUCAGCCCAAAGGAGUUCAAUCAGUUGCUGUCAGGCGGAGAGCAGGACGUGGACGUGGAGGACCUCAGGGUGCACACGAGAUACUCGGGGGGAUACACGGAGAGCGACCGAACCAUCCGCAUGUUCUGGGAGGUGGUGAAGGAGCUCUCAAGGGAGGAGAAGAGCCAGCUGCUCAAAUUCGUGACCAGCUGCUCGCGACCGCCCUUACUGGGCUUUAAGCACCUCAACCCGCCUCUCACCAUCCACAAGGUGAAUGUGGACGCGUCCAUGUGGGCUACACUAGGAGGGCACGAUGUGGACUGGCUUCCCACUGCUAGCACCUGCUACAACCUGCUCAAGCUGCCCACAUAUCAACGAGCCAGCACGCUGCGGGAUAAGCUCAAGUAUGCCAUUUCUUCUGGAACCGGCUUUGAACUCUCCUGA